AAAUACUCCACUCUGGCCCACCUGCGAACAGAGGCUGCUUCACAUCUGCAUGCAAGUCUCUGGACCCAUCAUGGAUCUGGGAAAUCAGGCACCGCCUACCUUCUCAGAUACCUCGGGGGAUCAGUUCGAUUGGUUUCAUUCGAUAUUCUUGAACAUGGGGUUGAGUUUCGCUUACUGAUAGAUGUUCGGAUGGAUUGUUGCUUGGACUUUGAUGGAUCCGCUGGAGGAAUCAUGAUAUAUGGGGUGACUUGACUUGGAAUUAUUGAGCGUUGAUCCCGUUGCUUACUUCUGAGAAGAGGUGGAGAAGAUGACCACCAGUCCUCUUCAAGAGUUUGCCCUUUUCAUUGUUGUUUUCUUUCCUCUGUUGGCACUUGUCGUGGUUUGUCUUCGAACAUACAGUAGGAUAUCUACUGGUCAGUUUGGAUGGGAUGAUGGGCUCAUUAUUGUUGCGAUGGCUAUGGCCAUCGGAGAGAGUUAUGUGACAUGGAUGUAUAUCAAGACCAAUUUCGUUGGGAUACAUAUCUACGAUAUACCAGCAGAUGUUGACCCCGUCCCCGGUCUCAAGUACAAUUAUGCAGUCCAAGUACUCUACAACCCCGUGCUGGCGAUCGUCAAAAAUUCAAUCCUCAUGUUUCUCCUCCGCUUGACCGGAACCCGAAAAGCAGUCCGCUACACGAUCCUGGGUCUCAUCGCCGUCAACACGGCCCUCAUGAUAGCAAUCUUCAUAACAGUAAUCUUCCAAUGUCUCCCCAUCGCCUACAACUGGGACACAACCAUCAAAGGCGGCCACUGCGUAGCACAAGGUGCUUUCUACGUUGCUACAACCACCCUCACUUUAUUCACCGAUAUCCUCGUCCUGGCACUACCAUUCUGGAUCGUCAUGGGUCUGAAAAUGGAACGCAAAACUAAGAUUGCCGUUAUCGGCAUCUUCUUCCUUGGAUUCAUUGUCACGGUGAUAGGUGUCAUCCGAAUGGUGCUCAUAAUUCAAGUAUUCUUCCUCCCAGCAGGUCCCGACCCCACCUACACAAUCGGUUUCUGCACCUCCGCCAUCGAAAUCAACGUCGCGAUUAUGACCGCCAGCGCCGCGGCCAUGAAACCGCUUUUCAAGCGCUGGUUCCCGCGUUUCUUCUCCGCCUUGUCGAAUAGUGGUCCCUAUUCCGACGGCCCGUACGCAGGCGGGACUGGUCGUUACACGAGGAAUGGGACGAAUGGGACGAAGCAUAAGAGUGUGCUGAAGGGGGGACAUGGGGGGUUUGAGUUGAAGGGUAUGAGGGGUGAGAGAGGGUUGACUGAGAUUCAGAGCCAGAAUAGGGAUGGGAGCGAGGAGGAGAUUAUGACGUUUGAUGGGAUUGUGAAGACGACGAAUGUGUCGGUUAAGUAUGCGGAGAGGGAUGUGGAUAGUGUGAGGGCGGGGCAGCAUAGUAGGAAGACGUCGGAUUAUGGGAUGAGGACAUCGGUGGAGAGUUUGUGAGCGCCGGUCGCUUGGGAUGUAAGUUAUGAUACUAGGAACAAUAUAUGAAGAUUCACGUCCAUGAGAG